GAAUGUUCGAAAAUCGUAACCAGUAACUACCCAUUACUUAAACUUUAGUGCAUGGAUAGUGUUACAACUACAUGAUGCAUUGUAUUGACUACUACUACUAGACUUAUGGACUCUUGCUAUCACAAGUAGGUUAGAGAAGGAGCAAGAAGUGGGAGUAGUUCGAGAUGCAUCCUCGAGUGGAAGUGAAAACGGAAUCUGAUGGGCAAGGUGACUUGAUCGACAGAUCUAGUACAGAGCAGCUGGAGUCACCUCGUGAUCGACAUGGCCGUUGCCUACUGCUGCAUUCGUGUGACCUACGUCAUCACGUAGCACACUUGAAUGGCCAGCGGCAGCAGCUGGAGACAAGUAGCGACAUACUGCUUCCUGCCAGCCACGGAUCACUUCCUCGGCGGCACUGGACAUAUGACAGUAACAGGUCUGCAAGUGACCAAGGGGAGUCCUGGUCUACAUGGAAGCCAGUGGAGGAGUUUGACACUGCUCGUGUACUGGCUGCCGCCAAGCAAACGAUUCUGCACCUAGCAGAUCAUGCUGGUUUUGACAGUGUGUGUAGGUCACCAUUAGGUGUACUCGCUGAUGUGCUGGGUCACUUCAUCCGCUCGCUGGCUCGAGAGAUGAGGGCACUUGCUGAUCGGCGCUUGGCGUUGCGAGAAUCUGACCUAACAAUACUACUUGGCGUUCUGCAGCAGCGGCAUGAAGCAGACCAUGACAGUGACCCGCUGGCGGUGGAGCGUUACUGGAUACAGAGCGUUUGGAACGUGACCGUACGGCGACAGCGCGUCGCACAGGACCUGCACAGAUUACUGGCCAAUGGCAACAGCGCGGGAAGGUCCCUGGGUAGUCAUGGAAACAAACCACCGGGUCUCAACGUGAUAAGCGUGGGCAACGUGAAGCGCAAACCAAGCCCAAGUCCGCCGGUUCCACAGAAAGCAUUACUGCCGAUGACAGCGCAAGCAACGGAUGGCAUGCCGCUUAAGCUGAAGGUGGUAAGCGGUGCAGCAAGGUCCACUAGCCCGGCCGGGACUACCGCUGCGUUUGAUGGCCUGAUAGUGAAGAGCGAGCUCGAUACUGGAACUCCCUCGCCUUACGGCCUGUCGUCGUCCACCACGUUCUUCCUUCCAUCACCGCUGCGCACUGGCAGUCCCAGUACAGACCUUUCUGGCACCACGCUGCUGUCAGUGACCCCGCCACCACCCUCGCUCAUGGUCGGCAGUCCGGCUAAACACUCGCCCAGCUUGGUGGCGUCCCAGGACAUCGCUGCCAGCGGUGCUAGCCAACACGACUGUCUCACCACUGUGAUGCCUCUCAAUGCAGCAACAGCAGCAACAACGGGCACCGUGCUGAGUCUGGUGCCGCCUAGUUUGUCGUCGGUGGAGCCAGUGGUGAUACUGAAAAAGGAGCCGGUGGCUGAGAAGAGGGCACCGCCAACACAAGCACAGAAACCACCUGCUAAGAAACGUAAAUGAAGACCAAUGUUGCAGUGCUCCCUGUUGGAAAUCUGAAUGGAAUUGUUCAGAGCGCCCACUAGCUACCAUACUGAAGUGAUGAUUCUGGCCAUGCUUGAGUCGUCAGCUAUAUUGGCCGACACGGUGUUCACAGGUCAUCGUGUUAGGACCUGUUUCUGGCAGGGCGCGUGUGUGUGUAUGUGUGUGUGUAUGUGUGUGCGUGUGUGUGCGUGUGUGUGCGUGUGUGCAGUCUAAUUGCCAGGCAGAGCAGUGGCACUGACAGCUAGUACUACGUAGUGCAUCUACAAUCUAGUGGAUCUGCUGGAACAUGAUGUUACCCCCUCCAGUGUGAGCAAGAGCAUCACGGAUUCACUGCGCUUAGUGGCUACACAUGUCUACCCAGGGUCGUUACGCUGCUUCAGCUGUCCGGGACACAAUCUCUACAACCGCACACCACUUGUGUUCAAUGUCAGUGCACAUUCUCCACGUCAGUGCUGGAGCAGCGGCCUUCGUCUCCUAUUCUCCUCAUAUCAUGGCUGUUCUGUACGGAGUGGCACACUUGUCGACAUGCUAUGCAAACUAUCUACAUUACAUACUUUGAAGUACUGGCUAUGCUUGCCUUCAUCACGCUACGCUGUUGCUAUCAGACCUAUCCCAGCACACUUCCAAUAGACGCAGAAGACAUUUCUGUGAACAAAUAUUUUAACACUUCAUCACUCAUUUUUUUUCUUUUCUUUAAUACAAAUAAUUAUUCUAAUACUUCAUCACUCAUUUUUUCUUUACUAUAAAUUUAUCCUUGGCUCUCCAGCUGAGUCCAUACUUUAUCACUGUGAUUUUUUUUAUCUCCAUUAUGUGUAUGUUCACACGUCACACCCGACUCAUGCAAUUCACCAUACUGUACUUUGAUACUCAAACCACCCACGUGUGCACCCAGCAAACGUCAAAUCUUAA